ACUAGAGCAGCCCAUCCAGCGCCCAUCAUCUCCAACUCCCAUCCCCAACCCAACCCAACCCAAAAUUAUUUUCUUCUGGAUUUCCUUGGAGUACACAACGAUUCUCAUCCGAUACUUCCGAAGAAAAGAUCCACAAUCUGCUCGAUCCAACUCCGUUCAAGUCGAGCAGUAAAACAAACAACAGAGCUGAGGACCCCGACAAUUGACUUCGUCUUGAAGAAUACAACUCUUUUUUUUUCUUAACUGGACCCUUGCUUCACCAGAAACCAUCCUCAACCACUGCAUGUCCUUCAAGUCCAGCUGAAAACCACACUACCACACGUUUGACUUGAAACCAGACCCCUGAUGCUGAUGCUGAUCUGAACUCCUUCUUACUUAUAACCCACCCCGCCUCAUUCCUGCUUCAACACACCAGAAUAUCACGUCCAGGCCAAAGAUCACUCUGUAUUCGAGCUGGCAUGCACCCUGCCGACCGACCAUCUGCUACACUAAACCUCAUCAUCUGAUCAAUCAUUCCAUCCAGCCCAAGAUCACAAUACGUACAUACUCAGCUUGGUGAUCGUACACUAAAAAAAAAUACACUAUUACCCAGAAAGAUGAACUCACUCACAUGGCUCCUCGCACCUCGUCGUAGUCCCAGCAAGUCUCAAAACCUCACCCAUGAACCAGAUCAGGCUUGCGAACAAUCUAAAACGACUACCAACCCAUCCGGAACCCUAUCUCAUUCCUCCUCCUCCUCAUCACUCUCAUCGGCGAGCCUCCAACUAGGCAGUGGCCCACGCGAGACCGAAGCUGAACUGGUGGACAAGAUGGUCCAUUCGAUCGAACGCCAGAGCGGCACCAUCGCAGCCAACAAGCUGGAACGCAAGACCAGCAUGGGUCUCGAUGGCGAACUGCGUUUCGGCCUUCCUGGAAUCACCGAGCGUCGAAGGACGCUCCAUCUCGAACCGGGCCCGACAAAACUUCCUCAGUCGAAUCAUAAUACUAACAACGAUCCAGUCGAUCUGAUCAAUCAAUCAUCUACUCCCCUCACCCCCACCCCUCUCUCCACACCGCCCCCAUCUUCACCUUCACCCAUCAAACUAUUCUCAUCCACUUCCUCCUAUAAUCCUUACCGACAUCUCAUCCGUCUACUACCCGUCCGACUUGGCGUCAAAUUAUACAUCCUCAUCCGGAAGUUCAUCUCCCUAUUCGGCCUCAAUCUUUCCUCUUCCUCCUCCUCCUCAACUUCGGACUCACCAUCCCCAACAACAACAACAACAACAACAACAACAACAACAGAAAAACCAAGCGAAACCAAACCGAAAUCUCAACUGUUCAAAUCAAUGUGGUCGAAAUUAACUCCCAAGAAUUCAACCCUUAAAGUCAACGAACUACUGCCUAGAAGAAACAAAACCCUGGUUCUGGAUUUGGACGAAACCCUGAUUCAUUCGACCAGUAGGCUGGGCGGAAUCGGGGGCGGAAAGGCGUGGAGUAACCAAUCUAAUACCUCAGCUGGCUUGAAGGUCAGAGUAGUCGAAGUCGUCUUGGACGGUCGGAUCGUUGUCUAUCAUGUCUACAAACGUCCUUGGGUGGAUUUUUUCUUGAAAACUGUACGUUAUUCUCUCUGCUGUUCCAUUGACACUUUGUCCUCUACAGUUACUGAUUCCAAUUCAUUGUUUUGUUUUUGUCACUGGCUGUGAGGGUGUUUGUUGCUGUUGUAUGUAGGUUUCAAGUUGGUAUACUGUGGUGAUCUUUACUGCUUCGAUGAGGGAAUAUGCGGACCCAGUAAUAGACUGGCUAGAUCAAGGAAGAGGCUUGAUUGAAGGACGACUAUUUCGGGAGUCGUGUACAAAUAUCCAAGGAUCGUAUGUCAAAGACCUGACGGUAGUCGAGCGAGAUCUGAGCAAAGUCUGUCUAGUGGACAACAGUCCGAUCAGUUAUGGACUACACCAAGCCAAUGGGAUUCCGAUCGAAGGAUGGCUUAACGACCCUCAAGACGAAGGAUUGCUCGAACUCUUGCCGAUGUUGGAUAGCUUGAGAUUCACAAAGGAUGUCCGGCGAAUUCUGGGCUUGAAGGCUUUCAGUAUCGAACCGCACAAAAUCUGAGCUUUCCUUUCACUUCUUUUGCUUCCUUCCCUCCUUUAUUUAUUUAAUUAUUUGUUGUUGUUGUUUUUUUUGUUUGGUUACUCUUUAAGUUUUCCUUUUCAUUUUUUCUGUGAAAAAUCAUCUCUUUUUUUUCUUUCUUUUUUGACUGGCUUCCUUUAUAAAAAAACAAUUUCCCCUUUUUGGGUUUACCUUUUUUUUGAUUUGAUUAUAAUAUAGUUUCCUCUUUCUCUCUAUUCCUCUAGCUCACUCAAUUUUCUUCUCUUUUUUUUAUUGGAAUCCUUGAUGAUGAUCAGGUUUUUCUCUGUCUGACUUCUCCCCCCAUUUUUUCUUUUCUCUAUUUCUAUUUCUUGUAACACAUGCAACAACUUACCAAAAAGAAGAAAAAGAAAAAGAGGUUAUAUGUUUCUAUAUAUAUAUAUGACCAUUUAUCUGUGUUGGUCAUUAGGGCAAAAUGAAUGAAUGAAACUGUCAUCU